AUGACGACUGAAUCAGCUCAGGAAUUGAGAAACAGACAGGCCAAGUUCACGGCGGAACUACACGGGGACGACAUCGGGUCGAAAUCGGGACUCAAGGCACUUUUGUCCAAGAACAAAGCUGCGCAGGAAGAGGCGGUAGCGAAAUAUUUGCGCCAUUGGGACGGAAAAACCGACACAGACGCGGAACAGCGCCGUCUGGAAGACUAUAACGAGGGUACGCACUCGUACUACAAUGUGGUGACGGACUUCUACGAGUACGGAUGGGGCUCCUCGUUCCAUUUCAGCAGAUUCUACCCGGGCGAGAGUUUCACCGCGAGUGUGGCCCGCCAUGAGCACUUUUUGGCCUACAAAGCGGGCAUUCAGGCCGGAGACUUGGUGCUGGACGUCGGGUGCGGUGUAGGCGGGCCAGCCCGUGAGAUUGCGCGUUUCACGGGUGCCAACAUCGUUGGUUUGAACAAUAACGACUACCAGAUUGCCAAGGCCAAGUACUACGCCAACAAAGUGGGCUUGGCCGACCAGCUGGAUUUUGUGAAGGGCGACUUCAUGAACAUGCACUUUGAGCCCGAGACCUUCGACAAGGUGUACGCCAUCGAAGCUACUUGCCACGCUCCAAAGUUGGAGGGUGUUUACGGCGAAAUUUACAAAGUUCUAAAGCCGGGCGGUGUAUUUGCCGUAUAUGAAUGGGUCAUGACCGACAAAUACGACGAGACCAACCCUGAACACCGCCAGAUUGCCUACGAGAUAGAACUGGGAGACGGAAUCCCCAAGAUGUUCCCAGCAGAGGUGGCACGCAAAGCGUUGACCUCCGUGGGAUUCGAAGUCACCUACGACCAGGAUUUGGCAGACAACGACGACGCUGUGCCAUGGUACUAUCCGUUGACCGGCGAGUGGAAAUACGUGCAAACUUUGGCCGACCUCGCCACGUUUUUCAGAACGUCAUACAUAGGCCGUAAAUUCACCACAACGAUGGUGACCGUGAUGGAAAAAGUGGGCAUUGCACCAAAGGGCUCGCGCGAUGUGACACUAGCGCUCGAAGAAGCGGCCGUCGGACUGGUUGCUGGUGGUAAGGCCAAAUUAUUCACCCCCAUGAUGUUGUUUGUUGCCAAGAAGCCUGAAAAGGAAUAG